AUGGCUUCAAGUGUCAAAUUUCAUCGUGUUACUAAGGCAAAAGCACAAGUAAUGAUGGAAGAAAUGCACAAAGAAGUAUGUGGGCCUCAUAUGAAUGGCAUAGUGUUGACUAGGAAAAUCAUAUGUCAAGGCUAUUACUGGUUAACGAUGGAAAAGGAUUGCAUAGCUUUAGUAAGGAAAUACCAUGAGUGCCAGCUUUACAAUGACCUAAGUCAUGUACCUCCGAGUGAGGUGCAUAACUUAACAUCUCCAUGGCCUUUUAUAGCCUGGGGAAUUGAUAUCAUCGGAGAAAUUAAAUCUCCUUUAAAUGGGCAUAGGUACAUAGUAGUAGUAAUUGACUUUUUCUCCAAUUGGGUUAAAGCUAAGUCAUUUACUACUGUAGGGGCAAGACAAAUGGCUAAGUUUAUAGAAAGGAAUCUGAUCUACAGAUAUGGAGUCCCACAUCACGUUGUGACAGAUAAUGGGGUGCAGUUCAUGGGCAAAACUGCGAACUUAUUAGCAAAAUACAAGAUUGAGCAUCAUAGGUCUUCUCUAUACAGACCAAAAGCAAAUGGAGCGGCGGAAGCAGAUAAGAAGAAGUUAAAGAAAAUUCUCUUAAUGAUGGUUGGAAUCACAAGGAUUGUCAUUUUGGUUACCCUUUGCACUUUGGGGAUAUCGAAUGAUUGA